UAAUCGUGAAAAUACGAGCAGAGGUCAUUACCAAUGAAAACAAUUGGAAAAAAACCGCCAAGAAAACGAACAGUCACACUGGACCGUAACUGUUUUUAAUGUUGUUUGUUGUAAUAGCAAAAAAUUCAAGUUUUUUUGCUCGAUUCGAUUUCGACGAGCUAGCGCCGCCGCGAUAUGAUGUGCUAUUUAUUGUGCUAGUGUUCGACUGUACUGUUGGGUGUCGGUGUUUGUUAUUCGGAGUGGUUUUUUAAUAUUAUGUAGGUGUUGAGGAUGAAAUUAAUUCUUUGGAGUUUGGAGAUUUUUAUUAUCGUUUCUGUUGUGGUGUCAGAAAUCGCUACUCCUGUUUGGCAGCAGUAUUAUCCGGGUAAUCAUGCUUGGGCGUCAAUAUCAGAACUUCAAAAUCGUUUUCGUCGAGUACGAAUGGGACAAGGUCGAUAUCGCAUGAUGCCUACCGGAAACGCAGAAGUAACCUGCGAAUUUCCAGACAGCAUGUUAAUGAUAUCAAAUAUUAUUUGGGAACGUGCGGAUAUGGGUACUCGAGAUUUGAGCUCUCUGUAUCGUAGGCAUGGUAUAAGUCAUCAGUACGAUAUUCAUACUCGACCCCAUGGCAGCACUUUGCAUUUAUUCGAUGUUAAUCCCCUGGAUAGGGGGUUGUAUAGGUGCCUAGCUACAGCUUUGGAUCCGGGAACCAAUCAAGUAGUUACUAUGUUUCAGGAUACCGAGUUUUAUCCCGAUUUUCGAGGUUUUCAUCAAAUAUAAGAAAUAAGUGAUUUAAUUUAACGUAUUUUUAGCGAAUAAAAUUGUAUUUUCUAAAAAAAAUACCGUAUAAAGCAUUUAGAAUAAUAUUAUAACUUUGAAAGGUGCACCAUACAUGAUAAAACUUGGAUAUAAUUUAGUGUAAAAAUAUACGAUUAUUGUUCAUUUU